AUGGCGAGGUUCCUGUUGGCCCUAAUCGGGCUGUUGUGCUGGUCCGCAAGCCGGCACACGAGCGCGUCGGGUAGUUCCACCAACAGUGGCAGCGGUGGCAUGUACGUCUCUCCCGCGCACUCAUUCAACUCGCCCUUCACCGUGAACGACCUGAGCAACGGCUGGGUCCUCAAUUACUCCACAGCCAGCACAAAUAAGUACCUAGUGCUCAUCCCAAACGUAUACAACCGAAGGGGGUUCCUCUACCACAGCAAGCCAAUCCUCUCAGACACUCUCAACAUCGAAUUCAGUUUCCAUAUAAGGAAGGAAUUCUACAAAGAACAUAUAGACGACAGUUACUACAAAAGCAACCAGGUAAAAGAAAUAACAUAUAAAAACUCCACAGAAGAAAAAAAUAAAAUAAAUGGCUUCGCCUUUUGGCUCCUACCUAAUGAGUUCUCCUUACCAAAUGUAAAUAAAGAAGGAGAAGUCCUUCUUGAAGAAGAUCAAUAUGGGCUGUAUGGAUUUAAAAAGGAUUUUAACGGCAUCGGGGUGGGCUUCCAAUUACGUGGAAACGACCUAGUCUUAUCAGGAUUAAUUAACAAUGGGAAGAAAAAUCUGAACUUGAAGGAGAACGUCACAAAGAGUUACAGCCUGAACCUACUUAGCAUAGAAGAUCUGAUCUAUGUAAAAAUAACAACACAGAAGAACGAAAUGCGUGUUUAUUUGUAUAAUGCGAGUAACAACAGCUAUAUUCACAGCUUAACGGAACUGAAACUGCUCGCGGAGAAGGCCCAGAAGCUGGAGACCAUCAUCAGCAAGGGCAACAGCACGUCGUACUUUUUUUCGUUUGCCUUUGCUGCCCUCAUCAUUUUGACUCUCAUUUUGAUUUACAAAAAGAUUAGGGAUGUCGAGAAGAAGCAUAUUUUGUGA